GAUCUCCAGCAGUGGCGUUACUUCUAGCGGCUGGACCCGGCGUUCUCCGCGCGAUCCCGAGAUAUUCUCCCCGCACGGAAGCGACGACUGGCCUGGCCAGAGGAUUCGGGUGGGAGCGAGGUGCCGGCCCCGACAGGACGGUGAGGUACGCAGAAGUAAGGCGGGGCGCCCCCUGCGGGAAGCGAGCGCGCCCCGGAAAAUGAGCGCCUCCCCACACCACGGGGUCCAGGAGUGAGUGCGGGAAGGAACUCAGCCUCCCGGAGUUGUGGCCUCAUCGUGCUUCCCGCCAAAAACGCCUUGGUACUGUCGGGACGCGGCUGAGCGUGGACGCGCCCGCAUCUGCCCCUCCUCCGCAGUGGUGGAAGACACCCGCGGAGCACCGGUGGAUAAGGGCGGUCUCCUGAGGCCAGAGCUGUAUCCGCAGCAGCCUCCCCGUAUAUUACAAGAAAUCUUAAGUCAAACACUGGAAGAGAUGUCAGAAGAUUCAGAAAAGGAAGACUAUUCAGACAGAACAAUCAGUGAUGAAGAUGAAUCGGAUGAGGAUAUGUUCACGAAAUUUGUAAGUGAAGAUCUUCAUCGGCGUGCACUUUUAACAGCUGACUCUUUUGGUGAUCCCUUCUUCCCUCGGACUACACAGAUACUAUUAGAAUAUCAGCUAGGGAGAUGGGUGCCACGUCUUCGUGAACCACGGGAUUUAUAUGGUGUCUCUUCUUCUGGUCCACUGAGCCCAACACGGUGGCCAUACCAUUGUGAAGUCAUCGAUGAAAAAGUCCAGCAUAUUGCCUCCUCAUGACAUAUCUGUGGCAGAGGGAAUGGAUAAGGAGCAAUAAAGGAAAAUCCCUACUGCUCCUACUGUGAACUUCUGCCUAAUUUCUCUCUGGUAGCAGUGACAAGACAAUGAGAGCAGAAGAGACCCAAAAGGAAGAGGAAAGCAAGACCCCGUCGGGCCACUGCUUCUCAGUGUCACUUCCAGCCACGUGUGCUCAUUCCACUCAACUUGGUUCCACCUCACCUAACUAGAAAACCCUUCUGUCACAUCCUUGCCACACCUUUCUUUUCCUGAAAUUUCCUAGCCCUCACUUUCAGCAGUCAUUUUGCCCUCAGUCACAGGAGUCACCAUCAGCAGCUCAGAGUGGGGAGAGUUUCUUUUCUCCUUGGUUGCUUGGUAAUCCCCCACUGUUACUGCCGAGGUUCUUUCAGAUGAGGGCAGCUGUGUUUCUGUCCUCUUCUAUUGAAAUUCUAAAUAUAGUUUCUAACCAAAAUAUUGUUGUAAGAAUGGCUAGAGUUUGUGGUGCCUCCUUUCAGAUAUCUUACAUAAUAAAUAGGCUUUGGGCUCUGUGAAUCCAGCCUCCACCCUGGUGAAGGUGCAGCCUCUCUCAGCAUAUGUUUCCCAAGAUCCCCAGAGUCAUGAUGUCACACAGCUACUGGUCACACUAUCUGUGCAAGGUAUAGUUAUGCUGGAUAAAAGCUUUAUUUUGGGCUGUGGCACUGUUCUUUUAUUUUCAGUCUGUGCCCCUGACAUUUUUGCAAGCUCUGCUGGUCCUCAAGCCAACUGGAACACCCAAUACAAUACAUCCUUGUGUAGGAAGAAUCAAAAUCUUCUCCUAUAUGUGUCCUUGAUGGCGUUUUCCACUUUGCUUGCUAGCAUUUCAGAAAGUUUACUUCCCACAGUCUUACAUAUUGCUCUAGACCUUGCUUUUGUCACUUGACUGUUGCAAAGAUUUUACAAAUUUGGAUAUUUGAAAGGACUUAUAAGACUUCACAGAGCAUUUCUUCUGUGUGGCUUUUAUUUAAAGGCAUAGGAUACGGUGCAGCAAGAGAAAGAUACUGUGGCAAGCAUUGGGGCCCAGGUGCAAGCUUUCCAGGGGCCUUAUUCACACAUAGACUGCCUGUCUUCAGAUUGAAACACCAAGAUCUAUGUGAUGCAUCUUAGCUUCAGAAAACCUCAAGACAAAAGUUCCCAUCUGGGUUUUUAGACCCUGUAGUCAUGACAUCAAGCCAGGCUGUCUUCCUGAUUCUGCCAAAUGAAAACCAUCAGUAAACAAACUGGCCAUGCGGGGUUCUCAGGGGGAGUUUCAGACAGUAAACAGCACACCAUUAAUCUUACUGUUCUUAUCUUGGCCAAGAGUCAAAGCUGGACAGCCAGAAUUCCCAAGAGGUAAAAAUAGAGCUUUUCCAGUCCAGCUAUAAAUUAACUCUGUCUUACACAGUCAUCUGUCUUGAAAGACUUUCCAUAUCAGUUUAUAUAUAUUAGUCUCCUUUUUUAUAAACUGGUACAUCAGAUUUCAUUAAAUGGAUGAAUCAGAAUUUCUUUAACUGGUACCUUAUUAAUGAAUUUAAGGGGUUUCCAGUCAUUGGCUCUGACAAACAGAACUGCAUAAAUAUUCUUUUAUAUGUGGCCUAAUGCAUAUACACAUACAUAUUUUGGGGGGACAUUCCUAUAAUUUCUGGUAUACGGAUACUGUCAAAUUUUCCUCCAAAAAGAGUUGCAUCAAUUUAUAUUCAUAAAAGCAAAUAGUUUAUGAGUAUGGUCAGGGGUCCUCAAGACAACUCAUAUUCAACGAUUUGCUCCAAGGACUCGCAGAACUCAGAGAAGCCAUUAUACUCAUGGUUAUGGUUUAUUAUGUCCCUGAAAGGACACAGAUUAAAAUCAGCAAAGGUAAAUGGCGUAUAGCAGUGGUCCCCAAACUUUUUGGCACCAGGGACCAGUUUCGGGGAAGAACAUUUUUCUACAGAUGUGGGGGGAUGGUUUUGGGAUGAAACUGUUCCACCUCAGAGCAUCAGGCAUUAGUUAGAUUCUCAUGAGGAUCACACACAACCUAGAUCCCUUGCAUGCACAGUUCACAAUAGGGCUUGUGCUCUUAUGAGAAUCUAAUGUUGCUGCUGAUCUGACAGGAGGCAAAGCUUAGGUGGUAAUGCUCGUUCGCCCACUGCUCACCUGCUGCUGUGUGGCCUGGUUCCUAACAGGCGAUAGACCAGUACUGUUCCAUGGCCUCAGGGUUGGGGACCCUUGCUAUGCGGCAGAGUCCAGAUGAGACCAAGCACAAGCUUCCAGUUGUUCUCUCCCUGUGGAGUCUUAGAAACAGCACUUAAUUCUCCCAGCCAUAAUGUGAGAUAAUAUGAAGUGCUGCAAAUCAGGGAAGCUCAUCUAGCUUUGAUGUCACUGGUUUCUAUUGCAGGUUGGUUAUAUUUACAUUCAGUGCCCCCAUGGCUGACCUUAGUUACUUAGUCUCUGGCCUUUCCAGGGGUCAAAAUUGAUACUGUGUGUCCAAGGCCUCUACCACCACCACCACCACAAUAAAUCAAUUGUUAGCAUAAACUACUAUCUGACAUAGCCCAAGGUCCCAGGUAAACAAAGAUACUCUUAUGAGGCAAGGUAUUCCAAGGCAUCAGAGGCUAUCUCCCAAGAGUUUAGCAAGGUCCAAACCUUUACAAUGUGCAGGGUUUGGACAAACAAGGCCUGCUGAAUUAAUCAUUUACAUACAGGCUACCCACUGUCCCUUGGCCUAGGCUCUCUUUAACAAAGAGCCUGGUUUGUAACUAGUAUAAUUAUCUCCUGUUUUAAUAUUCUGCUAUUUAUACGUUUUAACAAACUUGUGCAUAAAUACUCAGCAUAGAAAUUAACUCAUAAUAAGUAGAUCCAGUUCUUAGCCCAUUUUUCAUUGAUACUACAUACCAAGGAGGCUGUGAUUCAAUUUUCCAAUACAUUUGAUCAUCAUCAUAUGACUUACUUACCUAAGGGAGACGAAUCAUACCAACAAAGCCAGUGUUAUACUGUAUCUGCAGUAUCGUAGUAGAUGUAACCUGAAAAAUAAGAAUCAAAAGAUAAUGGCCCAUUACCUCUGUCAUUAACAAUUAAUUGGUCCAGUUCAUCAUUAUAUCAUAUGACUAGAAUGUCUCCCAGAGCAAUGCCACUCAAGUUUGCAGGCUUCCAUUCAACCUUUUCAGCUUCUAAGAGUAAGGUUAGUCUUAGAAAACUGACUUUACCUUUUUGGGCAUCUAGUAUAAUUAAGCUAAGAGACUACAGUCUCUUGCUCUGAGCCUCUCUCAAAACACCAGUGCAAUACUAGAUUUUCCUCAUUACCUAUUUCAUUUAUUUAUUCUUGUGCCUUGGCUAUUUCUCCUAUUUUUCACUUGUCAUAAUUUUUUACCCAAACAUUUUCACCUUUGGGAGAGUUGUUAGGCUUAGCCACUGUCCUGGUCUAGAUUGCCAGCAGUAAUACCAGUCUAGCUCAUGCUUCCUUUCAGCUCAUUCCCUUUUAUUUAGAGUAAGGAUAUAUAGGUACAGAACUAGUGGGCUAUCUUGACCACCAGGAAAUACAGCUGCAUUCACUAUCAAUCUGAAUUUUGCCAGGUGGGGUGAAGACACAGUCCACCCCGUUAGGCCCUUAGCAAUUCUGACAUAAAGGUUGAAAGGUAAGUUUCUUGCUUAAGAAUGAUUCCUGUUUCUAGCACCUGCAGUCUCCAACCACUGCCCCAGGCUGGAAAAAAAAGAAAAGUUGAGGUGACUGGAGAAAUCACUUUGUAGUUUGUACCAGUGUCCUCCUCCAUCCCUUCUCCAGAUCCACCAUAAAAGUAAAAGAAUUUGUCAAGUGGGGACCCACUCUUGUCCCCCUCAUGUUGAAUGUGCAUACACAUGAAGGUAUAUAUGUCAGCCCUUCUUGCCUUUAUCACCCCCCAUUUUAGAAAAAAAAAAAAAUGUUUCAAUUACCUUUUCCAAUUCUCUAGUAAACCACUAGUCCAUUUUGAUGUGGUAUCUUUUUGCCCAUCAUUAGACACUAUGGGCUGUAAAGUGUGUUUCUUGGUCUGAAGAAAUAUAACUUGAUGGUCCAAAUUGCCACAGUAUCUUCUGUUUCAGUCCUUUUAUAGUAUUUUAAGCAUUUUGUAUCCAUCCACCUCUGGGGGUGCAAAGCCUAGUCCAGAGUAAAUGUCUAGUCCUGUCAGGACCCUUUCAUAGUCUCUGGGGGCUACCACAGCAUUCUGAUGUAGUUACUUGUCAGUUGUAUGUGCCACCUUCUCCCCAGGAAAUCUGCCCAUAGCCACCUGCGGUCUCUGUCUCUCUUGAAGUAUUUAUUUAUAUUUUGUGCCUCAGAGGGAGCAAGAGAAAUAUGCCAACAAUCAGCCCAUGCCUACAUUCCUACACCUCUCCCAUUUCCAUUUAUUUCAUGGACCCACAUGCCCACCUCAAGUAAACACCAAGUUUUCCACUUACUGGGUCCAGUCAUCAUCUGAUCCUGGAAGUGUUCUUCUGGUGGGCAUUCACAUGUGCUACUUUAAUGUGCCCCUAAAUUCCAUGGUGAUUUCCAUAGGAUGGUGUCCCACAUGGGGCAUCUAAUACACUAGUUUUUCAUUACCCAUCUAUUUGACCAUAUGGCCAGCCAUUGGCACACCCAAACUUUGAUUAUUUUUAAAUGGAACUUUUAUGCUUAUUCAGUUUUUUCAUCACUGCAAGGAGAGCAUAUAGUUCAGCCUGAGCAGAUUGUUCUUACCUUCUUCAAUCAGAACUUUUCCAUCUUCUGAUGUAGUACGGA